ACUCCGGGUCGCCGCGCGCGCGUCUAGCUAGGCCGCGCUGGCACUAAAGCUUGCUUGGGCCGUCGCAUCGCUGCACUGCGCUGUCGGCCGUCGCAUCGCCGCACCGCGCUGUCGCUGGUAGCUUGGCGCGCACCUCUGGUAGACCCAUGUCUGCCAUGGACACCUCUGAUGGGCCGGCGGCCGAGGAAAAGAAGGACGACCCGCCGCCGCCGCGCUUCGAGAUCAAGAAGUGGAACGCGGUAUCGUCUCAGCGUCCACCAAUAGCCGCGCGCUCGCGACGCCGUCGGACGGAAGACCCGCCCCAUCGACGCCUAUUCACACAGGUCUGCAUGUGGUCUUGGGACAUCUGCGCCGACACCUGCGCCAUCUGUAGGAACUCGCUCAACGAGCCGAGCAUCGAGUACCAGGCGAACCCGAGCCCCAACAACGAGAACGGCCUGAGCAUCGCCUUCGGCUGCUGCGGCCACGUCUUCCAUUUGGACUGCAUCCAGCGCUGGCUGAAGACAAGGUCUGUGUGCCCUUUAUGCAACAAGGAGUGGGAGUUCGCGAAGAUAGAAAGAAUCCCGGGCUAUGGCUCGCUCGGGGCGACCUAGUUCGUUCUUCUGUUAAGUAACGGCUUAUUCUCUGUU